UUAAUAUGUCUGUUUCUUGUUUGUGGCUGCAGGCAUCAUGGUGCGCAUGAACGUUCUCGCAGAUGCUCUGAAAAGCAUCAACAAUGCUGAGAAGCGUGGGAAACGCCAGGUCCUCAUCAGGCCCUGCUCCAAGGUUAUUGUGCGCUUUCUGACCGUCAUGAUGAAGCACGGUUACAUUGGUGAGUUUGAGAUCAUUGACGACCACAGAGCCGGGAAAAUCGUUGUGAAUCUCACGGGCAGGCUGAACAAGUGUGGUGUGAUUAGUCCACGUUUUGAUCUUCAGCUCAAGGACCUGGAGAAGUGGCAGAACAACCUGCUGCCUUCAAGACAGUUUGGAUACAUUGUGCUGACCACCUCAGCUGGCAUCAUGGACCACGAAGAGGCCAGACGGAAACACACAGGAGGCAAAAUCCUUGGAUUCUUUUUCUAAAAUGUAAAGAACUGCAAAUAAAAACAGCCAGGAGAAAGCUG